UGCAGAGGUUGGAGCGUUUUUGGAAAGGCUCGUUGUCGCUGCUGCAGGGAGCGAAACGGUACCAGGGCAAUAGCACUGUGAAAAGAGAGUUAAAGGCUCUAAUCAUACCUUCUUUUUUUUAACAAGAACAUAUGGACAGGAAAAGAAGAAAUCCUAGAAUUCCAGAUGAAUCAAAGAAUGGAAACGGUCAUAAUCCUAAUGAAGACCACCUUUUCCUCCCGUGAAAUUGAAGGAACGCGACCCUUCUGCUUUGUGCAAAGAAGCCCGUCUCAUUUGAUGAAUGGAUAAAAUGCACCACGAUUCAUUGUGCCAACGAGACAUGUUUUCGAGACAGUAGCUUCAUAUUCAUUUGACAGCUACUCGUUGUUUUCCAUCGAAUUCCACUCGCGUGAUGCGUUGGUGCUUCUUUGCUGUGAAGGACUGAAGAAACCGACUGCGUGGAAAUAUGGGUGAAGUUCAGGACCUAAAUAAUGCGAAGAAGGUCUUCGUUGCUCCAUCUAUCAAGUCUUUUGAACAUUAUGACUUUUCCCGAGCUAAAAUCUGUUGCAGUCUCUCAUGGCUUCUGUCCAAAUCAUAUAGGAGAGACAACAUCCCAACAGACAUGAAAGAGCCAUUCUACACGGACCAGUAUGAGCAAGAGCACCUAAAGCCUCCAGUGGCCAGUCUCCUAUUGUCUGCUGAUAUCUACUGCCGGGCCGCCAACCUCAUCUUGAAGAACGAUCCGGCCGAGCCUCUGCUGGGCCACGAUGCUGUCUUACAGGCUCUGGCCCAGCGAGGUCUUUUUGUCACCGAUCACAACAGAGUUGUAACUGAGAAAGACCUUCAAAAGAGGCCUCUGCAAAUGAGUGCUCAUCUGGCAAUGAUUGACUCUCUGAUGAUGGCAUACUCAGUGGACACUCUGAGUGUGGAGAAGGUGAUGGCCAGCAUUCGCCAGUAUUCAUCAAACUAUGAAGAAGAGGAAAUACCUUAUGACACAGAAGAUGUGGUCACCACCUGGAUCAACAAGAUUAACGAGUAUUUGAAAGACACUGUGGCUCAGGAGGAGAAGAAAAAGAAGGAGACACAAAAUGCAGAAACUGCAGAAACUCCUCGGUCUCCAACCAAGUGGUACAUGAAGCUUGUGCCUGCCCGCUACAGGAAGGAGCAGAGCAGCAGCCAGGUGAUGCCCUGGAUCCCCCCAGUGGACAACUUACUGAAGGACAGCAUCGAUGGAUCGGCACUGGGUGCUCUGCUCCACUUCUACUGCCCCCAGCUGCUGCCUCUCAGUGAUGUGUGUCUGAAGCAGAACAUGACGCUGGCGGAUCGUCUCUACAACUUGCAGCUCGUUCAAAAUUUCUGUAGUGACAACUUGGAAGGCUGCUGCCACUUCAGUUUGGAGGAUAUGCUCUAUGCUCCGUCCAGCCUCAAGAACAACUACUUGGCAUUCAUGGCAGAGCUCUUUUGGUGGUUUGAGGAGGUCAAGCCUGAUUUUGUGAAGCCAAACAUUUUGGACAAUGAAGCCCCAGAGCUCUCAUCCUUGUUGAAGAAUAUCCCAGCUGUCCCAAUCUCUAAAGCGACCAAGAGGAGUUUCAUGGAAAGAUCCCCAAGUCCUGAAAGACCAAGUUUGCCUCUGCGACCCCAGCCUAGAAAUUCAGGUGAGAUGAAGAAAUCAACCUCCAUGUCCUUUGUUGAUAGCAACCUUGGUACUUGGCCCAAAGAGAAACGGUCUGGACCUUAUGGAGUAUCUUUUGACAUUCCCUUGGACAAAGAGGAAGCUGCAUCUUCAUCUCAUACUGCCACACGUGGCAUGGUCAGGUCGGUCAGCACCGACGACGGUUCUGGUUUUAAAGUCCACCACCUUCCUCGAGGGAUGAAGCGGAACCUUUCCUUCCAACCAGUCAAUGGCACGAGCAUUGGCAUAGAGGAGGAAGGCUGCCCCGACAGUCUAGCUGGUAUGGAACCUGAAAGGCGUACCUACGCUAGCGGAUCUAGUAUGACAACUCCCUCCAUAGAAGAGGCCCUUCAGAUUAUUCACAGUCCAAGUAGGCCCCCCGUGGAAGGAAUCAACCAUGGCUUCUUCCUGCAUGGUCCGGAAAUUGGAACUGGCCACGGUAGCUUGGAGCCGCUGUCGGAGUUGGACUCCAAAGAUCGUUUGAGCCUGACAGACACCACAGAGGUUGACACUGGCAUCCACAUUCAUACAGACGAUAUGCUGGAUGAAGAUUCAUCACUGAAAGACUGCUCUGUCAACAUGGACCUUGAUAUGGAUACACCCAGCCCUUGCCCAAGCAGUCAGAGCAAAUCUCCCUCAGCAUUUAGGACUAUCAACUUUGCUGAACAGAAGAUGAAGAAGAUCACUCCACCAGCACCAGACUCAGGACGCGAGAGCAGCAGCUCCCUUAAAACAACUCCAGAGGGUUCGGAUUUUGGUUUGCCGCUAUCGGUUUCAUGGGCCCCAACUCCAGAACACAGUCCCGUCCGUCAACAAAUGCCAAAGGCACCUGCAAAAGUCGUCCAGCUUCCACACAAUGACCCCGCUCAGGUCAUGGCAACCGAAAUGGUUGAGCUGAGGAUGCGCUUGGAGGAGAAACGGAAAGCUAUCGAAGCGCAGAAAAAAAAAGUAGAAGCAGCUUUCACGAGGCACCGACAAAAGGUGGGUCACUCUGCUUUCCUCAAUGUGGUGAAGCGUAAAGGGGACGGAGCUGCGAGUGGAACAGAUGAAGGAGGGAAGUUUAAGGGCGAAGUCAAGUCGAUAAGUCCCACCUUGAGGUGUGGUCGAAGCAGCGCAGACACACCUGAUGGUGCGGAGCAAAGCAGCACAAGCUCCUGUUGGCAAAGGUCGCCCGGUCGAGACGAAGAGGGUGGUCAAGGGCACACCCCGCUAACCGAGGCGGAUCUUGCCGAGUAUACGCGAUCCAUUGAGAAGCUCAAUCAUUCUUUAGCCUUCCUCCAGACUGAGAUGCAGAGGCUAGCUCAGCAGCAGGAAGUCAUCAUGGCCAUGAGGGAGCAGCAACAUCAGCAGGCUUGGGUCAUCCCUCAGUCUCGUGCCACGCCUUUGCCGCAAAAAUACGGAAAAGGCGGCAAUGUCACUCGAUCCUCAGGACCCUCUUCUCCGGUGGACUCGCCUUGCUCGGCCCACCGUUCUCCAACCAGCAUCAAGCGCAAAUCGGCCUCCUUCCACUCACGCAAUCCUCGCACCGCUCGCCCUAAUGAGCUCAAGUUGGCCCCUUACAACCGCAUCCUCACAGCUCCCCAGUCUGUGGAUAGUAUCCCAAGGCUGCGCCGUUUUUCCCCCCGUCUCCCCACAGAUAGCUCUUUUGUUUACAUGGGUGAGACGCCAGCCAACAAGGAGACAGACACAGAUAAAGACCUCAGUGGUGUCUGCGGAUCUCCUCCCAGCUCACCCAAACAAGAGCAAACACAAAUAGACUCAAAUACAAAAAUCCACGAGGAAGCUCUCAGCCAACCAAACACCACUGAUAAGGAAAAAGUAGAUCUCAAACCUACACAGUCGUCAUUUGCUGAGAUUCUGGCCCACCCGGUGGUUGAGACCUUCACGGUGACCCCUACGGAGAUCCCCACGUUGCCUGAAGUCAAGGGCAACCUGAUUGAGGUUCCCUUAUCAGUUGUGAAGUCGUUGAAUGACCUGACGCUUGACGACGGCUCGGAAAUGGAAGGCCAGGAGGAUGAACAAAAGAUUCGUCGCGGCUUCUUCUUCAAGGAGGAUGGAAAGGCAGAGGAGAACAUGGCUCAGAGGAGGGCGGCUCUGCUGGAGAAGAGGAUGAGGAGGGAGAAAGAGAGCCAGCAGAGGAGGAUGCAGCAGGAGGUGGACCAAGAGCAAAAGAAAGAGGAGGCUCGUUUGAAAGCGGAGGAGGAGCGUAUCCGAAAGGAAGAAGACAAAGCCAGGAAGGAGUUCAUCAAGCAGGAGUAUCUUAGGAGGAAGCAGCUGAAACUGAUGGAAGACAUGGACACGGUCAUUAAACCCCGACCCUCUGCCGGCGCUAAACAAAGACGAAGUCGACCCAAGUCAGUCCGUCGCGACAGCAUUGACUCCCCAAAAACUCCGGUCAGAGCCGCGACAGUCUCCAGUUUGUCCCUGGCAUCCCUUAACUUGGGAGACGGCGAGAGUGUAGACUCAGGGAAGAGAGUGCAAAGGCCAGAUUCAGCAGAUCGCUUCCUGUCCCCGAGUCGCACCAGCAGCAAAAAUGGAGAGAAGGACUGGGAGAAUGGAUCCACAACCUCCUCCGUUACAUCAACCACAGAGUACACAGGACCGAAGCUCUACAAGGAACCAAGUGCCAAAUCAAACAAGCACAUCAUCCAGAAUGCACUGGCCCACUGCUGCCUUGCUGGCAAAGUCAACGAAGGACAGAAGAACAAAAUCCUGGAGGAAAUGGAGAAAUCCGAGGCGAACAACUUCCUGGUUUUGUUCCGAGAUGCCGGCUGUCAGUUCCGCUCCCUCUACACUUACUUCCCGGACACCGAGGAGAUCAACAAGCUCACGGGUAUCGGCCCCAAGAACAUCACACGCAAGAUGAUUGACGGCCUGUACAAGUACAACUCUGACAAGAAGCAGUUCAGCCAGAUACCCGCUAAGACCAUGUCAGCCAGUGUGGAUGCCGUGACCAUCCAUAGCCAUUUGUGGCAAACCAAGAAGCCAGCCACCCCUAAAAAAGUUGUGCCUGCCACCCAGUCCUGAUAAAAACUGAUCGUGAAAGUUUCAGUUUGCGCUCUCACUGUUUAUUCCUAUAAUGAUUCAAACACCUGCAGUGCACACCCAUGUGUUCCCUUUUGCGUUUUGUCAGAUUGCUACAACUGGAAUGUAAGCCACUGAUGAAGAAUGAUGUAAAUAUCUUGUGUAUUUUUAAAGACAAGUCAGGUUGGAAAUGAAGGCAUGUGUGAGUAGUGUUUUUAUUUCCUUUGUGCCAAAAGUAAAAAGACAAUAUGAAUGCUAGGACAUUUGACUCAGAACACUGAAGCACUGAAUGUUUAAUAAUCCAUGUACAGGUCGAAUUUCAUUUGCAAUAAGUUUAUGUGCGGCCUUACACGCCUUAGGCUUUAGCGUGUGAGCUGAUUGUAAAGCAACAUUCCGAGUUGCUGUUUUGUAUGUCUUUGGAAGAAGCCUUUUAUGUUGUUAUUUGUCAGUAAAGGCGUUUGUAUAUUAAGGUACGUAAAUCUAAGGGCCAAAAACGAUUGAUUGCAUACAGCUAGCGUUUGCCACACAGCACGUGUGUGUUCAACUCAACAAAGUCAGACGGUUUCAGCUUUUACACGACCAUUUUCUUAGGAAGAAUGUAGGACAUCACUCCUGAUAAGAUUCUUCUCGGUUAUCAAGAUGUGUGAAAAUACAUGUUAUAGUUAGUGACGGAUCAAUUUUCUCGCUAUUGAGUACAUUUUGUAGAAUUCCUCCAUUUGUGAUUUCUUUGCACUUAUGGUAUAGUUAUUUAUUAAUAUAUUCUCUACUCUUAUCUAAUUAAGAAUCAUAUUUAUUUUGACUGAUAACAGACAUAAGAUGGCUAAGCUCAGGUAGCGCAAAGCUUAAAACAUUGUCGAUUCCCAGUUUUCUUGUUACAAAUUACAAUUUGAACAGCUUAAUCUGGUAUUUUCCAACACGCCACAGUUUGAAUUCUAUUUACACCGAGCCAUCCAAUCCAAAAUAUUUCAAUUAACUUGGGUUGCUGGUCAGGUUUUAUGUCGGUGCUCUAGCACAUGUCAUUUUUAAACAAAUUUGUCACUGCUAAUGAGUAAUAGCUGUGUGUGGAAUUAUCAUUUCUGACGGUUUACCAUUUUACCUUUUGAUCAGGAAGAUAUUUUUUAAUCAAUCACACAUAGGGUGGAAUCGGUCAUCCGAACGGAAUUCCCACCCAUUAAGUGAAGUGCUGGAUGCCAUUCAUGGUUUUAUUACAUUCAUUUAUUUAGAAUAACACAUUUUUAAUAAAUGACAAUGUGUUGAAAACCAAAUGAACGUCAUAAAAAAAGUUUGUUUUAGCUUCAGUCGAAUUUUACAUUUUGUAGAAAAAUCAUACUGUGUUGUGAAACAGAUGAUGUUUUGCUGCAUACGGGUAAAAAUGCACCAUUUUUGUUUGUGCCAAACUCAAACAGGUUAAGUGUGAACAGUUCUACUGACGUGAUGCAUCAUUUAAAUUUGGUGUGUAUUUAUGACUCAAGGAGCAUGUACUUUUGUUUAAAACGUAGUCUAGUGUGUUUCUCUAUUGGUUAUUGACAACUGCAAACCAAGGGAAGCAAAUAUUUAAACUAAGCUAUUAUUGUACGGUGUGUUCAUGUGAAUUCAUAUCUUCAUGCAAUGAUGACACUUUUUGUCAGUGCGGUGUCAAAAACCCUUGCUGAACAUGUAGUUUUUUUUUUUCUGCUAUCAAUAAACUCAGCAUAGCCCUCAAAAUAAACA